AUGGAUGAGUGUGAGGUGGCACCGGUACCUCCGCCUCGUUUGAAGAAACGAGCCCGUCUAGUCGUCAAGGAACGCGAAAAGAGAACAGUUACAUGGGGACCAGAGACAUGGGUUGGAGUGAGAGCUCUUCGUGCCAGCUCUGGAGGGAUCCUAGACCCAGAUGAUAAGGUCCGCGAUGUAGCUGAUGAUCGCGAGACCCUCACCGCCGAGUGCACCAACCAAAGUCACCCCCGCGCGGCCCAGGCAGAUGGCGCUAGUGGCUCGUCUGCCGGCACCGCCUCACCUGACAUGUUUAGGGGCGGAGGCGGUGUCGGCGGCAGUAUGAGGGUCCCCAACACCGACUCGUGCGUGGAGGUCGGUGCAGCAGACCUCGACAUCGCCAACGGUCUGCAGGUCCGACGAGGAAGCGAGCCAACCCUGCAUCAAGAUACCUUACCUCCUCAAACACAGGUAUCAGAUCAAACCAAGAGAUGGUCAGCGGCGGUAGUAUGUCGUGAGGACAGUAGUCGAGGUCAACACAAAAUACCUCCAGAGGUCAGUCCAGACAAACACGGACACUUCCAGAGACAGACGAAUCGAUUGUCUAUGCAGUUCUCUGGACCGGGGAGUGGGGUAUGGUUAGAUGCUGCAGAACGGGUCCAAAUAUAUGGCAGCAAGAGUCUCCCUCGAGAUGCGAGAAAAGAACCCUUGGGUCAAGACACGCCAGUUAACGAUCAAAACCAUAGAGUAGAAGACAUGUUAAGAUGGGUGUCCGGAGUGAACAAUGUGGCCAGUGUACAUCCUGUACAAGAACGGACAUUGGAUUUAUUACCUGAAGGUAACAGUGAACGAGCGAUUACUGGUAUGGAAGUUCCAGUGAGUCCGAACAAGCCGGCCGCUACUCAGACCGUGUCGGUGACUCUUGUCAAGGGUGAGAAAGGCCUGGGAUUCACUAUCACCACCAGAGACAACCCCACCGGUGGACACUGCCCUAUAUAUAUAAAGAACAUAUUACCUAAGGGAGCGGCUGUGUCAGACGGUCGUCUUCGUGCCGGUGACCGUCUAGUGUCUGUGUGCGGUGUACCGGCGGCCGGGCGGACUCAGCAGCAACUGGUUACACUCCUUAGAAACACUCCCACAGACGCCGCUGUUGAGAUAGUUGUUGAACGUGCGCUCACACAAAGAACUCAGAGGGUAGAACCGCAACAGAGCCCUACAAAGUACACUGAAAAGCCAGUCGGUGCUACACCUAUACAAAAGCCCAUAGAAGCUAAGUCAGACGGCGGUCGAGUAUCAAGUAUAGUGAAUGCGAUCAAUAAUAAUAACGGCUCCACCAGAGGUCGGAUACCGAAAAGUUCUUCCAAAGACGAUCUUCUUAAGGAACACCCUGUAGAUACAGCUCUACAGGAUAUUCUCAAUAGUUCUUCCAAUUCUUUAUUAGGUCUUCGUAAUCGUCUUAUUCUAAGGCUGGAUGUACCUGUUCAUGAUUCUGAGAAGGCUGGUUUAGGUAUCAGCGUGAAAGGUAAGGUCACCGUGGGUCCCGAGCCUCAUGACCUUGGUAUUUUCAUUAAAUCUGUUCUAAACGGCGGUGCUGCGUCAAGGGAUGGAAGGUUGCAUACUAAUGACCAGUUGUUGAGUGUGAACGGCGUGUCACUAGUGGGUCAGUCUAAUGCAGAGGCUAUGGAGACUUUAAGACGAGCGUUGUUACACGCACGGCCACAUGUCAGAGGAAGCAUUUCACUCACCAUAGCUAGAAGAACUGAUAGUAUGGACAGUCUCGCUAGAUGGAAGGACGAUACGCCUCCCAACGGUAAUGACUCAACCAAUUCCAACGACAACAGCAACUCACAGAACUACAACACAGUCAUAUACACAGCACACGACAAAGAAAACAAACCGAUAGACGAUCAGAACAAAUCGGAUUCAAAGGAAAAUCUGCGCGGGAGUAAGAAACACGCUUCAAUAGUCACAAUAAACAAUAAUAGUUGGAUUUCCAACCAAUCAGAUGACAGCAAAGGUUAUUUAGAAAGAGACAAAGAUACAAUACCCCAUGAUAGUAAGAGAGAUAGCUUUGAAUGGAGUAGACUUGAUGGAUGGAAUCCGGUCAUCGAUAGAUUAACCGGUUUGAGGAAUGAGAGUUAUUAUAUGGCGACACAGGAACCGACUAUCAAUGGACAUCACUAUAGAAGUAAUAUGGGACAUGUGCAUAUGACGAGAUCACCGCCAGCACACCAUAAUGUCAUUAUAGAGGAGGACUAUGGAACUAACAGAGGCAGUGCGGGUGAAUCCGGCAGUGAGAGUGGAGCGUUCAGUAGAGACGCAGUCGGGAGGCGGUCUAUGUCGGAGAAGAGACACGCGGCCAUGGACGCUAAGACGACCGGGACUUAUAGGAAGAUCAAGGAAAAUAAAGCUAUACAUGCACUUCAAGUCGGUCCGUCCCUCGGCAUGCGAAAGUCGUCCAGUUUAGAAUCUCUACAGACAGCGAUCCAGGAGACGCAGAGGAACCCCGGCAGAAACGAACCGAUAUACUCACGAGCUCAUCCUCCUCUAAAGCAUUGGUUGACGGACGACAACACAGCCCCGGAAACCAUGUUCCGAGGUUCACCUCAACAGUCCUCACUGUCUCUGAAGAAACCAUCGCUACUGAAAUCACUAUCAACCAUGUUCAGAAUGGGAAAACCUCCAAAGAAAGAAGUGGAUACAUACGUACGGUCUCAAGCGGGGCGAGCCUCGGAGAAGUCACUCUCAACUAACAGUGAGCGACAAGCGAGAGACGAAGACAGAGACGAUCGUUCGCGUCACAGUCGUCAGAGCAGCGGCGAGAGACGAUCCACAGGCAGGACGGCACCCUCACACACACACGAACCACCGCCGAUGAACGACGCGUGGGGUCCGACCGGACAUUAUGUGAACUACGAAGAAAUACAACAAACGCUAAAUGCUCGUCGUGAAAAACUCAGCGAAGUGCAGUUGGGACAAGCCAGACGAUCAGCACAUAGGGAUAGAGACAGUCGUAGAGGCGGAUACAAUUCCCAGCGGUCGUGCAAGGAGUCAGUCCGGCCUCAGUCAAACUGCUACGAAUACGAGAGCGUACCUCCACGUCGACCUGGGAAACUAUCACACUACCACUGA